UAUAUAUAUAUAUUUAUACGUUGAUUCAACUCUCUGGAAAUGAGGACAACCACGAAAAGGAUAUUAUUUUUCAUAGCAUUGAUUUGCUGGCAGAAUACUACAGCACUGACAACAACAGAAACUUCUGCAAGUAUGACUUCUUCAUCUCCAACAACCACAGAAUCCCUCACAUCUUCGACAUCAGCUUCAAUGCCGACUAGCAGUAGCUCAACAAGCACAACUGCAGCAGCCUCAACAGAAACUUCCACAAGUGGCACUUCAACUCCAACAACCACAGAACCCCUAACAUCUUCGACAUCAGCUUCCACACUGACUAGCAGUAGCUCAACAACCACAACUGCAGCACCCUCAACAGAAACUUCCACAAGUAGCACUUCAACUCCAACUCCAACAAGCACAGAACCCCUAACAUCUUCGACAUCAGCUUCCACACUGACUAGCAGUAGCUCAACAACCACAACUGCAGCACCCUCAACAGAAACUUCCACAAGUAGCACUUCAACUCCAACUCCAACAAGCACAGAACCCCUAACAUCUUCAACAUCAGCUUCCACACUGACUAGCAGUAGCUCAACAACCACAACUGCAGCAGCCUCAACAGAAACUUCCACAAGUAGCACUUCAACUCCAACUCCAACAAGCACAGAACCCCUCACAUCUUCAACAUCAGCUUCCACACUGACUAGCAGUAGCUCAACAACCACAACUGCAGCAGCCUCAACAGAAACUUCCACAAGUGGCACUUCAACUCCAACAAGCACAGAACCCCUCACAUCUUCAACAUCAGCUUCCACACUGACUAGCAGUAGCUCAACAACCACAACUGCAGCAGCCUCAACAGAAACUUCCACAAGUGGCACUUCAACUCCAACAAGCACAGAACCCCUCACAUCUUCAACAUCAGCUUCCACACUGACUAGCAGUCGCUCAACAACCACAACUGCAGCACCCUCAACAGAAACUUCCACAAGUAGCACUUCAACUCCAACUCCAACAAGCACAGAACCCCUCACAUCUUCAACAUCAGCUUCCACACUGACUAGCAGUAGCUCAACAACCACAACUGCAGCAGCCUCAACAGAAACUUCCACAAGUGGCACUUCAACUCCAACAACCACAGAACCCCUAACAUCUUCGACAUCAGCUUCCACACUGACUAGCAGUAGCUCAACAACCACAACUGCAGCACCCUCAACAGAAACUUCCACAAGUAGCACUUCAACUCCAACUCCAACAAGCACAGAACCCCUAACAUCUUCGACAUCAGCUUCCACACUGACUAGCAGUAGCUCAACAAUCACAACUGCAGCACCCUCAACAGAAACUUCCACAAGUAGCACUUCAACUCCAACUCCAACAAGCACAGAACCCCUAACAUCUUCGACAUCAGCUUCCACACUGACUAGCAGUAGCUCAACAACCACAACUGCAGCAGCCUCAACAGAAACUUCCACAAGUGGCACUUCAACUCCAACAAGCACAGAACACCUGACAUCUUCAACAUCAGCUUCCACACUGACUAGCACUUCCACACUGACUAGCAGUAGAUCAACAAGCACAACUGCAGCAGCCUCAACAGAAACUUCCACAAGUGGCACUUCAACUCCAACUCCAACAAGCACAGAACCCCUCACAUCUUCAACAUCAGCUUCCACACUGACUAGCAGUAGCUCAACAACCACAACUGCAGCAGCCUCAACAGAAACUUCCACAAGUGGCACUUCAACUCCAACUCCAACAACCACAGAACCCCUCACAUCUUCAACAUCAGCUUCCACACUGACUAGCAGUAGAUCAACAAGCACAACUGCAGCAGCCUCAACAGAAACUUCCACAAGUGGCACUUCAACUCCAACAACCACAGAACUCCUCACAUCUUCGACAUCAGCUUCCACACUGACUAGCAGUAGCUCAACAAGCACAACUGCAGCAGCCUCAACAGAAUCUUCCACAAGUAGCACUUCAACUCCAACUCCAACAAGCACAGAACCCCUCACAUCUUCAACAUCAGCUUCCACACUGACUAGCAGUAGCUCAACAACCACAACUGCAGCAGCCUCAACAGAAACUUCCACAAUUAUUAGUUCUUCAACUCCAACUCCAACAACCACAGAACCCCUCACAUCUUCGACAUCAGCUUCCACACAGACUAGCAGUAGCUCAACAACCACAACUGCAGCAACCUCAACAGAAACUUCCACAACUUCCACACUGAGUAGCAGUAGAUCAACAAGCACAACUGCAGCAGCCUCAACAGAAACUUCCACAAGUGGCACUUCAACUCCAACAACCACAGAACUCCUCACAUCUUCGACAUCAGCUUCCACACUGACUAGCAGUAGCUCAACAAGCACAACUGCAGCAGCCUCAACAGAAUAUUCCACAAGUAGCACUUCAACUCCAACUCCAACAAGCACAGAACCCCUCACAUCUUCAACAUCAGCUUCCACACUGACUAGCAGUAGCUCAACAACCACAACUGCAGCAGCCUCAACAGAAACUUCCACAAUUAUUAGUUCUUCAACUCCAACUCCAACAACCACAGAACCCCUCACAUCUUCGACAUCAGCUUCCACACAGACUAGCAGUAGCUCAACAACCACAACUGCAGCAACCUCAACAGAAACUUCCACAAUUAUUAGUUCUUCAACUCCAACAACCACAGAACCCCUCACAUCUUCAACAUCAGCUUCCACACUGACUAGCAGUAGCUCAACAACCACAAAUGCAGCACCCUCAACAGAAACUUCCACAAUUAUUAGUUCUUCAACUCCAACAACCACAGAACCCCUCACAUCUUCAACAUCAGCUUCCACACUGACUAGCAGUAGCUCAACAACCACAACUGCAGCACCCUCAACAGAAACUUCCACAAGUAGCACUUCAACUCCAACUCCAACAAGCACAGAACCCCUCACAUCUUCAACAUCAGCUUCCACACUGACUAGCAGUAGCUCAACAAGCACAAUUGCAGCAGCCUCAACAGAAACUUCCACAAGUGGCACUUCAACUCCAACAACCACAGAACCCCUAACAUCUUCGACAUCAGCUUCCACUCUGACUAGCAGUAGCUCAACAACCACAACAGCAGCAGCCUCAACAGAAACUUCCACAAUUAUUAGUUCUUCAACUCCAACAACCACAGAAUCCCUCACAUCUUCGACAUCAGCUUCCACACUGACUAGCACUUCCACACAGACAAGCAGUAGCUCAACAACCACAACUGCAGCAGCCUCAACAGAAACUUCCACAAGUGGCACUUCAACUCCAACUCCAAAAACCACAGAACCCCUCACAUCUUCAACAUCAGCUUCCACACAGACAAGCAGUAGCUCAACAACCACAACUGCAGCAGCCUCAACAGAAACUUCCACAAGUGGCACUUCAACUCCAACUCCAACAACCACAGAACCCCUCACAUCUUCAACAUCAGCUUCCACACUGACUAGCAGUAGCUCAACAAGCUCAACAGCAACACCCUCAACAGAAACUUCCACAAGUAGCACUUCUUCAUCUCCAAAAACCACAGAACCCCUCACAUCUUCAGCAUCAGCUUCCACACUUACUAGCAGUAGCUCAACAAGCUCAACAGCAACACCCUCAACAGAAACUUCUGCAAGUAGCACUUCUUCAUCUCCAACAACCACAGAACCCCUCACAUCUUCAACAUCAGCUUCCACACUGAGUAGCAGUAGCUCAACAAGCUCAACAGCAACACCCUCAACAGAAACUUCUGCAAGUAGCACUUCUUCAUCUCCAACAACCACAGAACCCCUCACAUCUUCAACAUCAGCUUCCACACAGACAAGCAGUAGCUCAACAACCACAACUGCAGCAGCCUCAACAGAAACUUCCACAAGUAGCACUUCAACUCCAACAACCACAGAACCCCUCACAUCUUCAACAUCAGCUUCCACACUUACUAGCAGUAGCUCAACAAGCUCAACAGCAACACCCUCAACAGAAACUGCCACAAGUAGUAGUUCUUCAACUCCAACAACCACAGAAUCCCUCACAUCUUUGACAUCAGCUUCCACACUGACUAGCAGUAGCUCAUCAAGCACAACUGCAGCAGCCUCAACAGAAACUUCUGCAAGCAGCACUUCUUCAACUCCAACAACCACAGAAUCCCUCACAUCUUCGACAUCAGCUUCCACACUGACUAGCAGUAGCUCAAAAAGCACAACUGCAGCAGCCUCAACAGAAACUUCUGCAAGCAGCACUUCUUCAACUCCAAGAAACACAGAACUCCUCACAUCUUCGACAUCAGCUUCCACGCAGAUUAGCAGUAGCUCAACAAGCACAACAGCAGCAGCCUCAACAGAAACUUCCACAAUUAUUAGUUCUUCAACUCCAACAACCACAGAAUCCCUCACAUCUUCGACAUCAGCUGCCACACAGACUGGCAGUAGCUCAACAAGCACAACUGCAGCAGCCUUAACAGAAACUUCCACAAGUGGCACUUCAACGCCAACUCCAACAACCACAGAACACCUC